GAGUACUUGUGCCAUUCGCCUGGUCAAUAGACAAGUGUGUGCUCGUAGAGCUCAUACCCUUGGAUGCCAGUUUGACAUUAUGCUGGAUUAUGACCAGCUUGAGAGCGCGUGACUCAAGUCGUGUAAGGAUUAUUGAUUGGCGUACUGGGACACUGCAAGGGAUGAAGACGGUGUCUGCAACGCCGAUGUACAACAACAGUGAACACAUCGAUAGCCCCUUUUGCUCAGCGGCAAGCGAUAGCUCAGUCCGUUUCUAUUUUCAUAUACUUACUGACCUAAAGAUUAGUAUCUAAUAGCAAAUCACAUACUUGCGAGACAGAAAGACUACUGAGCUACAGCGACCAGUGCUGUGCCAACUACAGGCUCUGGCCUACAGCCGUCGACCCUUGCUAUUUGCUUUGGGAUAGUUACGCGUUUCAUCCUGGCGUAUUCAGGGAGCCAAAGGGCGCACGGCGGGUGACGCUACAGAGGACGUCCCAAACUGCACCCGAUGGGCAAGAAGAAGGCCAGCGAGGAUGGCGAGGAGCAACCAAAGCAUAAGCGACCCAACAAUUUCUGGGCGCCGUUCAAUACAUGGUGGCGAGAGCUUCAUGAGCAGACAGGCAACCGAGCUACCGUCAACGAAAUGCGCGAGUGGUACGCCCAGAAUGCGCGACACGUAUGGCCAGCGGAGCUGAUGCCGAGCGUGGAUGAGAUGCUCAAAAUCGCGAAGGGCCUGCGGACCAUCAAACAGGUCAAGGACUACUUCCGAGGCUAUCGGAGGAUGCUGAAGGGGAAGAAGGAGGGUGACCUCGUGGGCCCCCGCGGCGGCCUUGUACGCAAGCCAUCCCACGGCGGCAGCCGCAGCGGCGGCGGCGCCGGCCCCACCGCCGCGGCCGUCAUCAACCAGGCCGUCGUGAACGGCACCCUGAACGGCACCGCCGGCUCCCUCCUGGCAGUCGUGCAGGCAGCCCAGCUUCAGGUGGCCCUGGCGGCGGCCCGCCAGGCGCAGCAGCAGCAGCAGCAUCAACAUGCCGCCGCCGGCGGCUGUGGCAGCGGCACCGGCGCCGGCGGCUACCAGACCGGCCUGCCUGACCCAGCAAUGCUGGGCGCCGCGGCCGGCGCAGCCGCCGGCGCCGCGGCAGCGGCCGCCGCUUCCGGGGCUGGUGGCGGCGGCAUCCCGGAGGGGUCGCUGCCCUUCCUGGACUGCUGGGGCUUCCAGAGCGAGGACGCGGCCAUGGCGGCGAUGGACGUGGUGGGUGACGUCAGCGAUGGCGAGGCCCUGACUGACAGCGAGCACGAGGACGGCGCCGUGCAGGCGCCGUCGGAGACCACCUGCACGCGCACGCACAGCCACAGCCACACCACGUACGGCGCGACGACAAUGCAGGACACGGUUGGCACCGGCGCGCCAACCGCCACCGCCACCGGCCUGACGCACGGCGGCGGCGGCGUGACGGCGGCGCUGGCGGAGACUGCCGCCGCCGGGCCCAUGAGCGCGGUGGCGGCCGCCACCGCCGCCGCCACGGUGGCGCAACAGUCUGACCUGCUGUCGCUGCUGACCAACCCGGAGGAGGGCGGAAGCAACGAGGAGCACCCGGCGGCGGCGCCCUCGCAGGACGGUGGCCACGGCGGAGGAGCGCCGCACGCUCUGCCGUACGCGCCCAUGCCGUACCACGACCCCUGGGCCGCCAUGCAGCAGCAGCAGCACCCAUACCAGCACCAUCACUCGCAGCACAUGGGGCCCGCAGGAGCAGCUCCUCCGGCGUCGGCAUCGGCGCUGCCGCCGCAGCACCCGCAGCACAUGCCGGCGUCCUACGGCAUGCCGCCCGGCAUGGCCGCCCGCCGCUUCCUCCGCGCCGUCCGCACCUCUGGCGGCGGCGCCAGGACGACUGACGGCGCCGGCGGCAGCCCUGCCUCGGGAGCCGCGGCAGCGGCAGCGGCGGCGGCCGCCGCCGCCGCCGCCUCCGUCUUCAACUCCGCCGGCGGCGCCCCCGGCAUGCACCACCACCACCACCACCAUGCGAGCGCUGGCGGCGCGGCGGCGGUGACGUGCCGGCGCACGCGCAUCCGCACCUCGGCGGGCGGCAUGUGGCAGCAGGAGGUGAUGGAGGCAGUGGAGCUGUCGGCGCCGUCAGGCGUGCCGUACGGGCUGCACAUGCCGCCGUACCCCGGCAUGCCCCUGCACGACGACCCAGCCGCACCUCGGCCGCCGGUCGACACCAGCGGCCCGGCGGCGGCGCCGCCGCUGCCCAUGCCGCAGUUGCUGCCUGGGCCCGGCGAGGAACACGGCGGGCACGGUUCGGUGCACGUGCGUCUGGCGGCGCCGCCGCCGCGCAAGCAGCUGCGCUGCGGCGACCGCGGUGUCGCCAGCUGCAGCCAGGAGGAGGGGGACGCCUGCGCCGCAGCCAUGGGCGCCGUGGGCAGCGGCGGCGGCGCGAGCAUGCAGCUAUCCCAGCACCACCCGCACUACGCGCACCACGACUCGGAUGCAAGCACGAUGCCCUCGAGCGGCGGCGCCGGCUCCUUAACCUCGUCCGGGCCUGCAUCGGUGCCGGCGGCGGCGGCCGGUGCGGACGGCUGUGACGCCACGGCGGCGGCGGCCGCUGCCGCUGCGGGCGGCCUGAACCCGGCGCGCCGCAUGGCCCAGUCCUAUGGCGGCUACCCCGCGUCCCUGUCUACCAGCACCGCCGCGCCGCCGCAGGUGACGUCGGGCGGCGCGUUGCGGCACAAGCCGCCGCACGGCGCCUCGGCCAUGGCACUCAGCGACGGCGGCGCGGUGUACGGCGCCGGCGCCGCCUACCCAGUGGCGGCGAUGCACCAGGCGGCGGCGAUGCACCAGCCGCAGCAGCAGCAGCAGCAACAGCAGCAGCAGCAGGGGUUGCACAGGCCCGGAAGCUACAGCGCAGGUCACCCGCAGCAGCAGAUGACGGCGGCACCCGCGGCGCCUGCUCCCGUCUGGCCGCACUCGCAGCCGCAGGCCGCGCCGCCUCAGGCGCACGGCUACCAAGGCUACCCGCCACCGCAUCCCGCCUACGGCUACGCCGCGCCGCGGCACGCACACGCACACGCGGCCUACGCGCACCACAUGCCGCCGCCGCCGCCGCACCCGCACUACCACGCCUACGGCUACGCGGCUGCUGGCGGCGCGCACGGGCACUACCCGUCUGGGCCGUACGGCGCCGCCUACCCGCCCCAUGCAAUGCCGCCGCCAUACGGUCACCCGUACAGCCACAUGUACGGACCGUACGGCCAUUUCUACGGCCUGCCGCCCACGGUUCCGGAGGGUUCUGAGGCCGGCACGUUGCCAGAGCAGGAGCUGCAGCAUCCCGGCGCGUACGCCUACACGUACGCGGGCAUGCCGCCGCACUCGUACCACCACCACGGCUACGUACACGCGCCGCCGCCCCCGCACGCGGCGGCAGCGCACCCGCAGCCCCACAUGCCCAGCCAGCCGCAGCAGCACCAACACCAACACCAGCCGCCGCCGCUGCAACCCGUUGCGUCAGUGGAGCCGCCUGGCACUGGCCCCAGCACCGAGCCACAGCAGCAGCAGCAAGCGGCUGGCGGUGCCGCUACAGCCGCGGCGGCGGCGCCGCCACGCCCUUUGCACCUGGGCGAGCUGCCUCAGGGGCUCUUGGCGGGCGGCGGUGUUAACGGCGUUGGUAGCGGCGCCACUGAGUCGCUCAGUCUGUCAGGUCUGUCGGCGCUGGGGCUGGCGGAGAGCGACAAUGAGGGCGAUGAGGCGGCCAGCGGCGGCGGCGCGGCGACGGCAGCGGCCGCCGCGCGGCAGGCGCGCGGCAGCCACGGUGGCGCACACCAGCACCACCACCCGCACCACCACCGCCGCCAGGGCGCACAGGGCGCACAGGCGCAAUCCCAGUCGGCUCAGGCGCAUCAGCAGGGCGAGGGCAGCUCCAAUGACAAGCCAGUCGACGCCGUAGCCCGGGUCGAGGCGGUGGCUACGCCCUUGCGGACAAGGCUGGCGGGCGCCGCUGGCACGGGCAGUGGGGACCCAGCUGCCGACGCCAAGGCCGGAUCCGCAGUUGAGGCCAAGAGCCCGCGUGUCAAGCAGCAUCGGCAUGGCGAGGAGGCUCCUGCCCGGGACGAGUCAGGAGCUGCUGCGGUGGCCGCGGCCGGAGCACCGCCGCCUCCCUCCUUCCUAUCCACGCCGGUCCCCGCCUCCGCCCGGCGCCUCACCGGCGGCGGCCACGCAGCAGGGCCCCACGGCGGCCACGCGUUGACACACUCCAUGACCUACACGCAUCUGCAAUCCCAGCUACGCCGCGAGGCGCGCGGCAGCAGCGGCGGCGCGAAUGGUGGCGCGUCCGAUGCCGCAGCCGCCGCCCCCGCCCCCGCCCCCGCCAGUAGCCACGGCGGCACCGGCAGCGAUGGCGGUCACGAUGGCACUGCGAGCGUGUACUACAAGACGCCCAAGACGGGCCACAAGCCGCCGCCCGCCACGCCCUCCUUCUCCUUCCUUGGCGAUUUCUCCGCGCCGCACAUGCACAGCCCCUACCUGCAACCCAGCAGCGUGGGGCAUCUCUCCCACUACCCCCACCACCACCCCGGCAUGCCUCUGCCGCCGCCACCUGGCAGCGUCGGCCAGCCCGGCCACGCAGCCCCCUACCCGCACGGCCACGGGCACGGCCACCAGCACCAGCAGCUGCACCACGCGUACUCGCACCACGGGCCGUUUUCCGGUAUGCAUGGCAGCGUGGAUGCAGCGGCGGCGGCGGCGGCGGCGAUGGGCACGGCCAGCAAGGCGGCGCGCGGCGGCGGCGGCGGUGCCGGCACCGCCGCUGUGCCCAUGACCAUUCACGUGUUGCAGGAGGAGGUGGUGAUGAUGGGUGGCCUGGGUAUGGGCGGCUCCCUAUCGGAGCUUGCCGGGGGACUGCACAGCCCCGCAGGCAGCCUCGACUGCCUGGCCAUGAUGGACGCCCACGGCCCCGGGGCCGGCGAGGACGGCGGUGACGUCAGCAUGUGGGGCGCCCACCACUGAGCUGAGGGAGUGGAGGGAGGAGCGGCCCGCCCGCGCCGAAGGCGGAGGCGGGCAGUGCUGGGCGGGGGUGCAGAGGCACUGGAGAGGGGUGGCGGGAGAGGCCACAUGGCAUGUGGUGCGCGACUGCGGGAGUGUGGGUAACAUGUGUAGGAGUGAGAGGGUGGGAGCGAUACGGUAGAGCGGCACUGGGGCAUUGUGCCAAAUUGAUUCUUCUUCUUUGGAUUUAGGGAGGCUCCGAAAUGAGCCGUGCGGCAGCACAAGGGACCCAAUUAUACGGGGUGCUGCUGGAACUGAGGGCCCGGGCGUAUGCUUGACAGCUUGGGCGGCUUGGCUUUGACAUGCGGGCUUCACCGCUGGAGCGCGCGCAGACGCAAGCCAUGCAGCGCGCAGCUGCGGAGUCCUUUGGCAACAGAGGAACUCAACCCACACACAUGCUUGCAUGUAUGGCGUCCUAAGGCGCCCAUAGCAAGCGCGUGCAGCGCAUCUGACUUGACUGGGGACCGGCGCGAGGGACGAGAGUGGCCGUAGUGGGAGCCACAGGCUUCACGUAGCAUUCCGGGCCCUUGCGGAGGGAAUCAGGCACCAGGAUGCCCGCCCAUCAUCGGCAGCGUUUGCGGUAAUGGAUUUGGCAACGGCGCGCAGCGGUGACGCGACAUGAAUCAUUGAUGACCGGGUGUAUCUGUGCGUAUAAGUUUUGGGCUGGUGCUUAUUCUGUAUGGGUGUGCCACGCGGCCAUUGCGGCCGUGUUUGUGUGCGGCGGGCAUACGUUUGGCACUGACGCUGGCGCCGCAAACAAUCUGACACGUGUUGUGCCUUGGGCCCCGGGAUGGGGCUCGUGCAAUAGGCUUAGUCCAACAAGUACGAUUGAUUUGUACGACACGGCGUUUAUGAUGUUUGUACGGUAUGACCAGUGUGGUCCGGUAGACACUCAGGGAUACCGGUACACGGAGGGCCGAUUGCGCCCUUCCUGCUAGCAGUAGAUCCUGAAUACACAAGCCAUGUGCAGAAUGCGCCAUGGGCUUUUGUGUUCAUAGCCGGCCCUGCGCUUAUAGGCGGCCGAGAAGGGGAUACGCCCUUCGCUUAGUCCUGACCGUAGUGGAUAGCCUCACCUAGCCCAACCUAGAUGACGCGCAUGCGUGGCGGUUCGCCACGCAUGCGCUGAUUGAUUUGACUAGAAGCCCUUGAUUUUAUUCAUGGUAUGGGUGAACGGGCGUACUUAGAUGGCUGCGGGUUGAAGGGUGUGAUUGAGAAGCGACGCCGCAAGGACCAGGCAUGAGAGAACGGAUUGCCGUGUAGCCGUGUGCGGAUGUGAGCGACUCACAGGCCACCUGCUACGGAGGCCCAUGUAAGCAUUAUUCGUA